AUGCCAGUUAAAAAAGAAAAGAGCGAAGCUGAAAACAAAAAUGUUGAUUCCAGGCAGAAGAAGAUUCUAUUCCACGAUUUAUCCCUCUAUUUGAACAAGAAUGUGAUGGUUGUGCUAUCAAGUGGGGAGACACUGCUUGGAAAACUGACUCAUUUUGACGAAGUGGCUAAUUCAAUCAUAGAGAACGGAAAGAAGAAGCAGUUUGUACUGGGCAAAGCCAUUACGAUGAUUUGCAUCACCAAAUAA